AUACACACUCUGAAAAUGGGAUUAAUUGGUAAGCUUAUAUGCCAGACAAGCAUCAAGUCAGACGGAGAUGUGUUUCAUGAGAUCUUCGGUAGCAAACCUCACCAUGUACACACCAUGGCCUCUGAUAUACAAGGUUGUGAUCUGCAUGAAGGUGAAUUUGGAAAAGUUGGUUCCGUUAUCACUUGGAAAUAUACUAUAGAUGGGAAGGCAAAGGUAACAAAGGAUAGGGUGGAAGCCAUAGAUGAAGAAGACAAAUCAGUGACUUUUAAAGUGAUUGAAGGAGAUCUAUUGAGACUAUCCUUCAAAAUCUUUGUCAUCACUGUUCAUGUUGAUACCAGCGGUGAGGAUAAUUUUGUGACUUGGAGCUUGGACUACGAGAAAGUGGACGAGAGUGUCAAGGAUCCCACAGACUAUUUGGAUCUUGUGCUUCGUAUUACCAAGGAUAUUGAGGCUCAUCAUCUCUCAAAGUGACUCGUUCUAUAAUCUGGACCUUGCUAUAUAUGCCAUCCAGGCACAUUGGAACAAUAAAAAUGGGCUUAUAAGCCGGCACUUAUAAGUAAUAAUAUUUGCGUUUGCUUUGUAAAAUUGAGUUACUGAUCUGGUUGUUAUUCGGUUUUAUGGCCUGUAUUAAUAUUACACCUGUGCGGUCAUGUAUGGGAUAUUUCAAUUUAUUUAUAUUUUUUUCUAUGGCUUGUUUUAAUAUUACACCAGUGCGGUCAUGUAUGAGCUGUUUCAAUCCAUUUUGUAUUCUUUUCUACGAUAUCUUCUUAUAUAUGUUAAU